AUGUUGAGAGCUUCGCCGUCCAUUCCACUGCAGCGUACGUCGCAACAGCUCGGCCAUCGGACUCAUCGACGCUUGCCAUCGCCCCGCAUCAACCGACUCCAUCUUGCGGUCCAAGCCGACUUUCUUCGUAGCCCUGUACCUGUGCAAUCACACCGGCGACCCAUCAUGACAGCCCCUAUCCCACUCAUUAUCGACACAGAUCCAGGCGUCGACGACGUGCUCGCUAUCCUGCUGGCGCUCGCUUCUCCCGACGAGGUGUCGGUCAAGGCGCUCACGCUGACGUUUGGCAACACCACGCUCGACCAUGCCUACGCCAACGUGCUGCGCACCGGAGCCACCUUGCACCGACAUCUUGCCGAUCCCUCGACGCCGGACGCAGUCAAGGCGCGCUACCGCAGCUUUCACGCCGAUGCCGAACCCAUCGUGGUGGCUUCGGGCUCGACCCAGCCGCUCGAGGGCAAGAUGUUUACUGCCUCCUACUUUCACGGCCGCGACGGCCUCUCUGGCGUCCACUGGCUUCCGAACGACCCGUUCCCAGUGCCAGAAAAGGCACCCGCACCCCUCUCGCCAACGGACAAGCAUGCGACCGACGUCAUCCUGGAUGUGAUUCGUGCUCAUCUUCCGCACACGGUGCGCAUCGCCGCGCUCGGUCCGCUAACCAACCUGGCUGCUGCUUUCCGCAAGGAUCCCUACACCUUCGCCAAGGUGGGUGCAAUCACAGUGAUGGGCGGUGCCUUUGACGUUCCGGGCAACACCUCGCCUGUCGCCGAAUUCAACUGGUACGCAGACCCGUACUCGGUGCGAGUGCUGAUCGACGAAGCACCACGCCACGCUGCGCUCGGUGGCAAGCGCCUGCCGAUCCAGGUCCUGGGCCUCGACAUCACCUCCCACCACACUGUGCCGUAUUCACGGUUAGUCAAGGCGACCUACGAGACGCCUAGCGACGUGCCUGAAGGUGCCAGUCAUCUCGAGCGAUUCGUCGGCACUUUCCUCACCCAUCCUAGGGCGUUCACCAACAACAUGGUUGCCCCCGAGGAGUUUCACCCGGACAAGCACGAUCUCUUCCAGGCGCACGAUCCGCUUGCCGUAGCCCAUGCCAUCUUCUGUCCAAUGCCCGGCGCCGACUCUGCGGCGCAGACGAAUCAUGGAUGGAAGCAUUCCGAGCGUCGCUUCCAAAUCGAGACCUCGGGCGAGCUGACGCGCGGCUUCUGUGUCGUGGACCGAAGAUUCGUUGGCGCGAACAGCAGCAGGAAAGCGGGACACAACCGUGCAGAGGAUGCGGAUGAGGGCAUCAACGGACUUCACGUCAUCGAGAACCCCGACAUCCCCGUGCACAAGUUGGCCCAACCGGACAAGCCGGUGACGAGCAACGAGCCAGAGGUAGGCUUGGUCGACGAAGUCACAGAAACGCCAGGCACACAAUGGUUUGCGCAGAUGUUCCUCGAGCGGAUCGGGGUCCUCGCCGAUGCGUCAGAACGCGUCCGGCUCGGGAGAGAGCCUGAAAAAGCCGUUCCUACAUUCUCCGAGCCGGGUCCCCAGCGAUACCUCGAAAGGCAUCCACCUCGCAACACCAUCCUCCUGCGAACCACAUCCUUCAGCGACUUUUCAGCCAUGUCCGACGACUCUUUCAUCCAUGCUUGUGCCGGUGGUGUUGGUGGCAUGGUCGCCAUGACCGCCACCUAUCCGCUCGUCGGCAUCUCGACGCGUGCGGCCGUCGAGUCUUCCAAGAACCCCGAGGAGCCCAUGGUCAAGGCUGCCCUCAAGAUCCUCCAGCAGGAGGGCGUCUCGGGCCUGUAUGCCGGCCUCAGCUCCAGUCUCAUCGGCAUCGGUGUCACCAACUUCGUCUACUACUUUUUCUUCGAAAAGUGCCGAGAGAGCAUCCUCAAGUCCAAGGCCAAGGUUGCCGCGGCUGCCGCUACGUCUGCCACGGCCACGAUUGUCAACGGCGGUGCUCUGACCACCUUUGAGUCCAUCCUUGCCGGUCUCAUCGCAGGCACCGCCACGACUGUUUCGACGAACCCCAUCUGGAUCGUCAACACGCGCCAGACGGUUCGCGUCGGCUCGGCGGAUCCCAAGGCGGACCCCAAGGCGGCGGCGGCGGCGGUGAAGCGUCUGGGCUUCCUGCAGACCAUGCAGAAGAUCGUCCGCGAGGAGGGCCCUCUGGCGCUCUGGAAGGGUCUUGGCCCGGCGUUGGUGCUCGUCAUCAACCCCGUGCUCCAGUACACCGCCUUUGAGCAGCUCAAGAACUGGGUGGUCAAGUCGCGCCUCGCGCGCGCCAACGGCGGCAAGGUCUCGCUGUCCGACUGGGACUUUUUCUGGCUCGGCGCCCUCUCCAAGCUCUUUGCCACCGGUCUCACCUAUCCGCAGAUCGUGAUCAAGAGCAGGCAGCACGCCGGCGCCAGCAAGGGCGCAAGCACCAACAUCUGGACCGCCAUGACCGAGAUCGUCCAGCGCGAGGGCAUCGCCGGCCUCUACCGAGGCAUCGCCUCCAAGCUCCUCCAGUCCGUCCUCACCGCAGCCAUCCUCUUCGCCAGCAAGGAGCGCGUGUUCAACAUUACCAAGGCCCUCAUUGCACCCGUCGCCGCGGCCGCCCCGGUCAAGAACUAG